AAACAAUUGCAAAUUGCUAGUAAAAACUAAUAUCCUUUCACAAGAAGCAAGUUUUCUAAUUCCAGAUCUAGUUUCUGAUAAUGAAAAUAAAAUGCAAGAACUUGAAAAAUUAAUUAAUUAUUUAUUAGGAAAUGAUCAUCUUACCGCAAAUGAUUAUAUUCAUAUUGAUGAUGAAUUUGAAGGCGAAAUUACUGAUAAAAAAAUAUUAAAGAUAAUAACAAAUGAAAAGGAUAAGCUUAUGGAUGAAUUUGUCAAUGAAACAGAUGAAACAAUAAAAGAAGUAAAAAAGGUAACUUUAAAGAAAGCUGAAGUUUGUAUGAAUAAAAUAUUAAAGUUUUUAUAUGAACAAGAACCAGAAUUUGGGGAAAUUAAUAAGGAAAUAAAAAUUUUAAGAAAUUUAUAUAGAUGGGUUAGAUUAAUAGCUGUAAAAAAUCUUAAACAAAUUGAUCUUCAUCAUUUUAAAACAUAA